GGCGGGGCUCGGCUCGGCUCGGCUCGGCUCGCUGCGCCACGCCCGGGCCCAGUGGUGGUGGCCUGCACCGAGCUACACCGCGCUGGCGGGGAUGCCUGAGACCGCCCGGCUCGGCCGCGCGUCCGGCCGGAGCCGGAGCCGAAGCCGAAGCCGAAGCCGGAGCCGCGGUCGCAGCCGCAGUCGCAGCCGUGGACGCGGCAGCAGCAGCGGUGAUGAGUCGGAUCGCGAGCGCCGCCGCAUGGAGAGCGACGCGUCCCCGGAGCGCGGCAGCGACAGGAGGCGGCACAAGAGAGAUAAAAAAGAUGAAGGUUAUAAAUACCAUGAUAAAUCCAUCAAGAGGAAACCCCAUGGAUUGGAUAGUGGGCAGUCUGAAGAUGACCGUGAUUCUCCAAUACCCAAAAGGACAAAAAUGGGAGAAAAGGUGAAUGGUGAUACUGAGGAAGGAAGCCCUGCCCGCAGGAAAAGAUCUUCAUCCCUGAAUAAUGGCAUGACCCACACAAAGACACAGCAUCAUUCCAGUGAAGGAUCCAGUGGAGAGGGUGACAGUGAACAAGAGCAGGAAUUGACUACAGAACAGAAAGAUGGUGCUUUCUCCAAUUUUUAUAUCUCUAAAGAGACUAUUGAACUCCUUCGAGCUCGAGGUGUAUCAUACCUGUUUCCUGUGCAAGUAAAGACCUUCUAUCCUAUAUAUGACGGCAAAGAUGUUAUAGCUCAAGCAUGGACUGGAACUGGAAAAACAUUCUCUUUUGCUAUUCCUUUGAUUGAAAAGCUUCAAGGAGACACCCAGGAGAGAAGAAGAGGCCGGAGUCCAAAGGUGCUAGUUCUUACCCCAACCAGAGAGCUGGCAAACCAGGUAGCCAAUGACUUUAAGGACAUCACAAGGAAACUCACUGUUGCUUGCUUUUAUGGAGGAACUUCGUAUAAUGGGCAAAUUGACUUAAUUAGAAGCGGCAUUGACAUCUUGGUAGGGACCCCAGGUCGAAUCAAAGACCACCUUCAGAAUGGCAAGCUGGAACUUUGCAAACUUAAGCAUGUUGUUUUGGAUGAAGUUGACCAAAUGUUGGACAUGGGAUUUGCUGAACAAGUGGAGGACAUUUUACGAGUUGCGUACAAAAAGGAUUCAGAAGAUAACCCUCAGACGCUCCUGUUUUCUGCCACUUGCCCAAAUUGGGUGUAUGAUGUGGCUAAGAAAUACAUGAAAUCCCGAUAUGAACAGAUUGACCUAAUUGGGAAGAGGACUCAAAAAGCAGCUACGACUGUAGAACAUUUGGCUAUAGAAUGCCACUGGACUCAAAAAGAAGCAGUUAUUGGGGAUGUCAUUCAGGUCUACAGUGGGAGUCAUGGACGGACCAUAGUCUUUUGUGAGACCAAAAAGGAGGCAAAUGAACUGGCUCUUAAUGCCUCAAUUAAACAGGAUUGCCAGUCAUUGCAUGGUGACAUUCCUCAGAAACAAAGGGAGAUAACAUUGAAAGGCUUUAGAAAUGGUGCAUUUAAAGUUCUUGUUGCAACCAAUGUGGCUGCUCGUGGCUUAGAUAUUCCUGAAGUUGACCUGGUUGUACAAGGUUCGCCACCGAAGGAUGUAGAGUCCUAUAUUCAUCGUUCAGGACGGACAGGUCGAGCUGGACGGACUGGGAUUUGCAUUUGCUUUUAUCAGCCGAAGGAAGAAUAUCAACUCAGAUAUGUGGAACAGAAAGCGGGAAUUACUUUUAAGCGUGUGGGGGUUCCCACUGCAACAGAUAUAAUAAAGGCUUCCAGCAAAGAUGCAAUCAGGUGUCUGGAUUCUGUUCCUCAAACGGCCAUUGACUAUUUCAAAGAGUCUGCUCGAUGGCUCAUAGAAGAAAAGGGAGCAGUUGAAGCCCUGGCUGCAGCACUAGCCCAUAUUUCUGGAGCUACUUCCAUUGAACAGCGUUCUUUACUCAAUUCAGAUGUGGGAUUUGUUACAAUGAUACUGCAAAGCUCAGAAGAAAUAAAUAAUAUAAGCUAUGUCUGGCGUGGACUGAGAGAACAGCUGGGUAUUGAUAUUGAUAGGAAGGUGCACAGACUGUGUUUUAUCAAAGGAAGGAUGGGUGUGUGUUUUGAUAUUCUUGCUUCAGAUCUACGAGAAAUACAGGGAAAAUGGCAGGAUUCAAAAUACUGGCAGCUAUCUGUAGCAACUAAAUUACCUGAGUUGAUAGAAAGCCAGCGAGAAGGAGACAGAGGAUCCUCAGACUCCAGGAGACGAGGUCGCAGCUCUAGACACAGAUCAAGACACAGAGGACAUAAGCGGAGUCAUGACCGAGCAUAUGAUCGUUAGCUUUGAUUAAAUUUGCAGAAAUGGGACUAAAAUAUAUUUUAUGGCACUGAAUAGGUUGCUCUCUUAAGUUUCUACUGCCUGCAAAAUAUGUCAUUCAAGAUAUUUUUUUCCCAGUAUUGUUAUGGAUGUAAGUAACGUCCACUGUAUGAAAUUACAGUUUAGUUUAAACAAUUUAAGUCCAACCAUUGUCUCCCUCUCAGGUAUGUCCAAGGGUGAUUCAUCAGCAUAUUCUGCAGAUUCUUAUUCCAGGAGAGGGGUAUUUACAUUCAGUUCUCUAGGUUGGGCUAUUAUAAAACAUAGAGAUCUUCACUGGUGACUGAAACCUGUACAUUUCCAAAAGAAUUAAAACAUUAUUUCUACAAGUUGAUCUGUACAUAGUGGAGUGAUUGUGUUGUUAAUGCUGUAGAAUGCAUGGCUUGAAAAAGAUUUUAACUACACUUUUUAAAGUAGUGUGGGGGGAGGAGAACACAAGAAGACUUAGAUGUAGUCUUUUAAAGUUGCAUUUAAAUCGGAUUGCAUUCUUAAAUUUUCAGUGCUUUAGAUGUUGCUUCAUUUUUCUUACUUAAUGUAGCAAAUAGUGCACUGCAUGUGUUACCUGUAUCUGCAAGAAGUGUGCUUCACGUUUAAAAACCCAGUGCUUGCACGCACACUGCUUUGCUACAGGGGACUGAAUAAGAGAAGGGCAGAAUGAAGGGACACAAUGGUUUAUGAUAGACCAAACGUUAAGCUGCUACCAGAUGAUAGUUCAAACUCAGUCAUAUUGUGUAUAUCAUCCCUAUUAAACUGCUUGUCUGUUAGUUUUUCUGUUAGCUUAAGUGCUGGGAAUCUGUGCUAUGGAUCAAAUAGCCUAACUUCAGAGGUCCAUAUAAGCAAUAAAAACUCUUCUGAGGCA